AUGGCACCAUUUAACCAAGAGGAACAAGAUGCGAUUGUCUCUAACAUUUUGCGGGAGCUUUUAGAGACACCUUACGCUUGCUCUUCGCUGGUGCGUCUAACAAACGGAACUACUAACUUUGUAUAUCGUGGGGAGUUAGUCCAUCCCAUCCGUGCUGACAGUGAGGAUUCGAAUACCAAGGAGACUGUUAUUAUUAAACACUCCACGGACUUUGCCGCCGUUAACAAGGACUUUUCCCUCGAUGCGUCACGUGCCUUCUACGAGGAGUCUAUGCUUCAUGCGCUGGCCAACUUCCCGUCUAGCACGACGGCCGUCAAAGCGCCGCGACUCUACCUCUUCAUCCGCGAUGCAAACAUCCAAGUAUUAGAAGAUUUCCCCGCGACAGUUGAUCUAAAGAAUAUCUUGCUAUCACCAACGGCUAACACUAUUUUCACGGCGUCAACUGCGGCAUCAAUUGGUUAUAACGUGGGAUCUUGGCUGCGUUCAUUCCAUGCGUGGGCCUCUUCCCCGAACACCGAGCUGAAGGCCAUCGGUGAUAACGAGCCCAUGCGAAAGCUAAAAUACGCCAUAACUUACGACAGUUACCUAAAGGUUCUCGAGGACAACUUUCCUCAACUUUUAGAGGGACAUCGGGAGAUUCUAGAGGAAGUUCAAACCACCGCAACGAGGGAAUUUCAAAGGACGUCCGGAAACGGCGAUUGGGAUGAACACUGGGGGUUCAUACACGGUGAUUUUUGGACGGGAAAUGUUCUGCUCCCGAGUGAUCCGUCAUUAAGCACUCAAAACUCGGGCGACGCCAAGCUCUUCAUCGUCGACUGGGAAUUUGUCCAGUUUGGCCAUCGCGCGUAUGAUAUCGGGCAGAUGGUCGGUGAUAUGUACGAGCGAAAGCAUUUCUUCAAGACCGAUGGUGUUUUACCUGCAAUUGAAGGCUUCAUCCACGGGUAUGGAGGGCUAGAUGACGAGCUCGCUUUCCGCACAGCCAUACACGCCGGUGUUCAAUUGAUCUGCUGGUAUACUAGACGAGCUCCAACUGCUCCCCUCCAGUUCCCUAUAGAAAAAGUCACCGACGCCAUGAGAAUUGGGAGAGAUUGGAUUGUAAAAGGUUGGCAGAUGGACCGUGAUUAUUUUCGGAAUAGUCCUUUAGCCCCUUUAUUCAAGAGACGAUGAAAGCAAUCUCUAACUUCAGGUUAACCGUCCUCAAGGUAGAUACUUUUUAAAUCCACAAACUAAACCGUCGCCAUCCCGUCUUUCCACCCCA